GCAGGAGAGUUAUUAAAGUGGAAAAGCCAUCACACUGGGCCAUUUGCACUCUUCCGACCUCAGAAGUUCAGGACCAUGACAUCUUCUGUGCCCUGUCAUGCCCUUUGUUCUCCACGUGGUGUUGCAGGACCACCUUCCUAGCCAUUGGAUCUCUCUGUAGAUCUCAUCUGCCCAGGCUGUCGGAGCUGACUUUGUACGCUGGGACAGGCAUUGCUCUGCCUCGCCGGGAUAUGAGGCCACUGGCUACCCUUACCUGGUUUAGCCUGACGUUUUGUAGCAAGGUGUGGCCCCUGUCAUGUGCAAACAGUUACAUGGAGCCACAGGUGGGAGCUGAGUGCCCACUGGACACCAAAGCCUGAAGACCUGAUGAACAUGCAACACUGCAAUCUGCUAUGCCUUCCUGAAAACUACCAGAUGAAGUAUUAUUUCUACCAUGGCUUGUCCUGGCCUCAGCUCUCUUAUAUUGCUGAGGACGAGAACGGAAAGAUCGUGGGCUAUGUUCUGGCUAAAAUGGAGGAAGAUCCCGACGACGUCCCUCACGGACACAUCACCUCUCUGGCGGUGAAGAGAUCCCACCGAAGGCUUGGCCUAGCCCAGAAGUUGAUGGACCAAGCAUCCAGAGCAAUGAUCGAGAACUUCAAUGCCCGAUACGUGUCCCUGCACGUCAGGAAGAGCAAUCGGGCCGCUCUGCAUCUCUAUUCCAACACUCUGAAUUUCCAGAUCAGUGAGGUCGAACCCAAGUACUAUGCAGAUGGGGAGGAUGCCUAUGCCAUGAAGAGGGACUUAACGCAGAUGGCUGAUGAGUUCCGGAAGCAAGCGGAUGCACGGGAGCGUCUGAAGCCCCUGGCACCAGGCUCGGCGGACCACCGGCCCCACCACAGGUCCAACCACUUCCCCGACUGCUGCCGCGACGACAAGUGCCCGGGUGGCGGGGGCGGGGGCGCCGUGGGUUUGGGCAGAGCCCGGGACAGGGCGGAGGACAGCGGCGACAGCAAGGACGUCAGCGAGGUCAGCGAAGCGACGGAGAGCACCGAUGUCAAGGACAGCUCGGAGACCUCUGACUCUGCCUCAUAACACGCUGAGCAAGGGGUGGGGUGGUCUUGCAAGCAGGGAGCCCCCUCCCCAACUCUUCCACAGUCCAUGAGUCGGCAUAAGGAACCCACCCCAACUCACUGCGAGAGCACGCUGCACUCUGGGUUAUCAGCAGGGUGCUGGUUCUACAGAACACACCUCCUCACACACUGCCUAACGGUGGCAGCGAAGUAGGGGAGUUGGGGAGGUUUACAGACAGUGGCUGGCAUUGUCCCCGGUCACUACUUCACUGGGAUGGUAUGAAUGUGGAAUAAACUCCAUUGAACAAA